AAUCGCAGGAAAAUAGCUUGAAACRAGCUUUAUAUUUGGGAGUUUCGUUAUAUCCUAGAUGAAUCGACAGAUGAAUCAGCGCUGUGUGGUAUAUUGAAGUUCUUUGCUUUUUGAAAUCAUCUGUUCUAAGGACCGAGAUCUAUUUUAAAGAGUACAUUUUCAUCAAGGUUGAAGCUCGCUUUCCAGUUGUCGGUUAUAAAUUAUGGAUCCCACAGCCUUCGCUAUCGUUAAGAGCGAAGUACGUCGUCUUCCUUUCGUCGAAGACAAAAUUCAAGCAGUUGUUUAUGCUCAGGGAAACUUMUAUGCUGAACAAAUUGGGGACUUGCUUGUGUACGAUGUGAAUGCUUAUGAUGAUGACAGGAUGAGGUUUUUGCAAGCCGCUGCUGCAAAGAUGCUCCCAGCGUCUUGUCUUGGUAUCAUAACGAUCUUAAGAGCAUUUAGAUCGGACAAUAAGAAGGUCCAAGCAGUGCAACUGUUGUCAAGACAAAUCACUGACCCUCUGAACUUCCACGUUUGGAACGAAGUUUUCCCAUAUCAGCAGGAAAGAGACACUAUCAGAGGUAUCAUGACAAGACAAGCAAGUGCAGGAGUUCCACCAGCUGCACCAACCACCACAGUCCAAUAUACUGGAAACCCUUACCCUUAUGGCAGACCUAAACCAAGGGUUAACCCUGAAGAUCCAGUGUACAAACUUGUAGAYAAGAGCGUUGAUGUUGUCGCAAGUGGCAUUUCUGCUGCUGCCAAUGUUAUUGCUCCACGACCAAGUCACCGUGGUGUGGUAGUGAGGCCUGGAGCAGUUGUAUACCAGACAACGGCAAUCAACACUUACCCAAAUGUUGGAGUUGUCAAUCCUGCACCUGGAGUCCAGGUUAUACAGACUGGACCACCACCACCACCAGGAUCAGUGCAGUAUACUGUAGUUAAUGCACCCCCACCGCCAUAUCCUCAACAACAGUACUAUCGCAAGUAAACGAACAAAAUUCCAUUAUUGACAAUUAUAAAAUGCAUAUUAGAUUGUAUAUAUUGCAUGGAAAGUUAGAGUUUCUUGUAAAUGCAUGGAACUACAUUAGCAUCCUUCGCAGGCUACUUUUUAAGGAAACAUAUUUUUUCUUUCCUUGGUCUUCCUGUGUUGAUUUGUCCUGACCAAGACAAACUGGUGACAGAGAGGUUAGGAACAACAAAUACUCCUAUUGAUUUUCCUUCCUUCUAAGCCCUCCCCCCCCCCCCCCCCCCCCCCCCCCCCCCAAUUUGGCCAAUUUUCUGCCUUAACAAAGGAAUCCCGUACAAUAGAGUUGCCGGCAAAGGAGGCUUAGAACUACAUAAAAUAAAAUAAAAAUAUUAACUACUCCAAAUUUUAGUUAAACAUGUAUAGUGUUUCAAUCUUAAUAAUUGUAAUAAAUUCAUUAUUAAUGUAUAUUAAUUAUAUUGGCAAAGAUGUUCUAUACAUGUUCUAUAAAAAAAUUCCAAAAGGCAAAGAAGAACACAUCAAAAUAGAGAAUUGCACAAAAGAAAGACAAUUUACUACAAACAUUUUAAGCUUUGAUUUCUGUAAAAACAAAAAAGCAUUUCUCCAAACAAGUCCUGAUUUUUGAUAAUUCAAUAAAGAAUGCAGGGAAGGAUUGGGRGUUUAUUAAGGUGGCUAGUCGGACCAUUUUAGUGCAACCUAGAAAUUUGAAUUAUGACAUAAAUGGAUACAAUAAAAACAAUUUAUCUAGGA